AUGGUGUCAAUUCUUGCAAUAACGGUGGAUGGUGUACCGAUGCAUGUAGACAUACGAGAGGAAUCUGGUCUGGAACUGUCUCUCGACAAGGAAUCGAUCGAGAAAUUUCAGAUAUACGCCGACUUCGUCCUUCGUCGUGCCGACGAACUGACAGCAACCUUAUCUAAAUGCAGACGUAAGUUGGAAGAUAACAAAAUGCUGAAUACACGAGGACGUAAGUCGCAUAAGGCGCGUCUUGCAGAUCGUGUCGAUCGGGUGACCGGUGAAGUAAAGGAUAUGUGUUUGCAAGAUGCUCGCGUCGACAUACGUUUGCGAAAAUGUAAACAUUACCAGACGAAGGAAGGAGCAGAAGGGGAAAGUGUGAUGAACUCGAUCAGGGCGUUGAUGGAAUACCGAAAAGGUAUGUCGAACGUGAACGAGUGGCGUGAACAAUAUAAGAAAGUGACCGAAGCUAUGGACGAGAUUCUCUGCAUACCUAGGGAGGAAUUGUCCGAGGAGAACACAUGUUGCAUAUGCUGCGAGGCGCCCGUAUCCAUACUGACGAAACCGUGCAAUCACAUGAUGUCGUGCGAGACUUGUGCGCACCUCACCACGAAGUGCUACGUGUGCAGGGCAAGGAUCGAGCAGCGACUGAGGAGAUGCGAAGUUGAAGAGGGGACGAAAGUUUUCAAAUGUUGA